UGCGCUGCGGAGCCCAGGAAGUGGCGGAAGAUGGCUGCGGUUGUGGUAACGGACUCGCAGCUGAUGCUGGGAGUCGGGCUGAUCGAAAAGGACACUAAUGGAGAAGUUCUGUGGGUGUGGUGUUACCCUUCCACGACAGCCUCCUUAAGGAAUCUGCUGCUCCGAAAAUGCUGCCUAACAGAUGAAAACAAACUUCUCCAUCCCUUUGUCUUUGGUCAGUACAGAAGAACAUGGUUUUAUAUCACUACAGCUGAAGUUCCAGAUUCUUCAGUUUUGAACAAGGUGACUCAUUUUUCUAUUGUUCUGACCGCCAAAGAUUUUAACCCAGAGAAAUAUGCCGCCUUCACUAGGAUAUUGUGUAGAAUAUAUCUGAAAUAUGGAAGCCCGGUUAAAAUGAUGGAGAGUUACAUUGCAGUUCUCACCAAGGGGAUCUGCCAGAGUGAAGAAAAUGGCUCUUUCCUUAGCAGAGACUUUGAUGGUCGAAAGGCAUACCUUGCAGGCUCUAUCAAAG